CCAUUUGAGAGAUCUUCAUCGACGGAACACUUCAGAAAUGUUUGGAGGAAGAACAUUUUUCAUGAUGCAGUUCCAGUACCAUGGAUGUUUUUGGAGGGUUAGGGCAGAAGCAUCAUUGUUGUUGAAGUUUUUUUUUUAAUAAUUAUGGCGGUCGUAACCCUAAAUCCCGGCCUAGUGGUGCGAUUGCAGGAGCUUCAACCUGGUUCAUCGUUCGUCCUCCCGAAUCAGUCUUUGCGUGUGGUGGGAUCCCUUCAGAGCUUUGACUCAACUUCCGGUAUUGCCGUCCUAGUUGAUGCGGGUGCUUCUCUCCGACUCGACCUCGAGCACUUGCGGGAGCUCCCGCUUCGCGUAGGGUCAUUAUUUGAGUUCAUCGGCGAAUUGGAAGUGGACACCACUCAACAGCUCACGCUGAAGGCUAGAGUGGGGCGGAACGUGGAUGGAAUGGACAUGAAGCUUUUCGAUAAGGUUUUGCAACUUCGGCGUAGGUUUGAGAAGGAUUAUAAACACAAUUGAUGCCGUGAAGAAAUCCACGCAUUUCAGUUUUUUCCUAUGCCUGUGGAACGAACUAUCGUUAUGCAGAUAGCUGAAUAUUCAGUUGUAAAUACUCUGGACUACGGUGGGGUUACUAAUUCUUGUUGCAACAUGAAGCAAACUCCUCCAUAAUAUAGCAGCACUUCUCUGGCUACGUGUAGACUCUGCUAACUGCGUAUAUUAUUUAAAUUCUGGCUCCUCUCUCAGAAUUACUGCAAUUUCUUUAA